GUUCCGAAAUGGCUGAUCAAAUUCCAUUCGGUGUUGUGGAGCACAUUUUGACCAAGUUGGGGUCCAAGGCGUUUCAAGAAAUUGGAUCCAUGUAUGGUGUUCCAAAGGAGAUGACCAAGCUCAUUGGGAAACUGGGCACCAUCAAGGCUGUGCUUUUGGAUGCUGAGGAGAAGCAGCAGCAGCAGAGCAAUCGUGCAGUCAAAGAUUGGGUCCGGAGGUUCAGAGGUGUUGUUUAUGACGCAGAUGACUUGCUGGAUGACUAUGCAACCCAUUAUCUUCAGCGAGGAGGAUUGGCAAGGCAGCUGGGAAGCUAUUUUACUUGGUAUUGUACAUUCUAAGAGUUUGAGGAAAUACUGAGAGCUUGGAAAUCGUGGCUGCCCUGAAUCGACGUCACUGUCAGAAUAUAUGUUCCCUCAAAAACCUGCAGACACUAAAUAAUCUGCAUCUGUUCACAGAAAGAUGCUGAAAGGAAAGGUGAAGACUAACCCAAGAUUGCUCAUAUGCCACAAAUUGAUAUCAUACAUCCAUGAAGAUUGAACUGAUACACAAUGCCUUUCAGAUGAUAUGAUCCAAACUCAAAUUGAACACUGCUCUUGUUUUCCAACAUUACUGUACUAGAAAGGCAACUUGAACUCACUUAUAGACCUACUUAUUGGUGACUGCAUUGAAUUGACAUCACCUUAGAAGAGAUGUGUUCCACAUGGAAAAUCUUUUAUUAUAUGCACCUACUUGCAAGAUACCAAAAGGAAAUAGGUGAAUACUUGCCCAAGAAUACAAAGGGCCACACUUGGUGAAGGUUUCAUCAGUAAGGAGAACCAUUUCAA